GAACGAUGAACAAUUGAUGUGAUAGGAAGUUGCAACAGGCUACAGCACGUCUGAGUUUUAUUUCAACGGAGCAAUUUCAACCGGUUUCCACUUUUUCUACAAAAUCUCUGGAAGCACCAUCAAAAAGCCGGGAUGUUUAACCCGCAUCACCACCACCACCAACAGCAGCAGCAGCAGCAGCAGUUUCACCAACAUUUGCGGCAGCUUCAGCAACUAUUUCAGCAACAGCCUCCACCUCCACCGCCGCCCCCACCGCCGCCACCACAGCCCCCGCCGUCCCAUCACAUGUCGCAUCACCAUCAAAGUGGCCGGCCCAUCGCGGUGGCGGCGCCGGCGCCCCCUCCCCGUAUGGUCAACCUCUGCUCCCCUACUCAGGCGACCAUUCUCGCUCCCAACCCCAUGCUACAAGGGGCGCUACUGAUGCAGCAGAUGCAAGGUAACAUGCGUGGCUAUGCGAUGGGGGGGCAGCAGUUCGCUCAGUUCUUCUCCGCGGGGUCGCGCUCCUCGCUGCUGGGCCCCGUACCUAUGGGCGUGGCCAUCAAGAGCCCCCACAUGGGCUACGCCCCGCGCCCCUACAACCACCACGCGCGCUACAUGAACAACGACUACGGCUCUCGGCAGCCUGACAGGAAGCGUGAGAAUGAACAGAGAUCUGCCGGAACCUCAGAGGGACAACCAGGUGCCAGUGGCAGCAAAGAUGAAGCAGCAGUGCCUCUGGCUGAUGGACCCAGUGAUGCCUCAGCGCAGCAGGAUGAGGAACCAGCUCUGAAGAAGCCCCGCACUGAAGGGUCAGAGGAGGUUGCAGGGACUCUGGGGGAAGACUACGAGAGCCCAGCUGGAGAAUCCAACCCCACAGACAGCGUAACGUUGCAAGAGGGGGGCAGCAUGGCGGGACCAGAUGCUGAUGAUGCCCUGGAGAGCGUGGCGUCUCCGCUGAAGGUGGGGGAGCGAGAGAACGGUGAGAGCCAGACUGACCCAGAGGACGGGGCCGAGCCGAAGGGCGUCAGCAGCAGCGCUGUGGUCAGGACUCAGGAGGAGGCCAGGGAGGGGGCCGUGGGAGGACCAGGAGGACCAGGAGGAGGAGAGGGAGCCAACAAGUUCUACUGCUACAUCUGCAACAUCACCUGCCAUAACCAGCAGAACUUCCAGAGCCACAUGAACGGUCUGGCGCAUCAGCAGCGCAUGAUGGAGAUCCAGCACAUGAGCAACGCCUGCCUGGUCACCCUGCUGCCCAAGGUGCAGGAGUCCCUGCAGAGCAGCCGCAGAGACGGGGAGAAGAGACCAGGCCUCCAGCGCUGGUGUGCCACCUGCCAGACCCACUUCACCAGCAACGUGCUGGAGCACCGACGCACCAAGGAGCACAAGCUGUCCACCCGCACCAGCAGCCCCUGCUGUACCGUCUGCAAGUUGCAGUUCAGGACGUCCCGUGAGUUUGUGGAACACAUGCAGACUCCAGAGCACCAGCAGAGAGUGCAGGAGCUACGUGAGGGCCAGGUAGAAGGACUGGGGGAUCUGAGCGCUUUGGAUGAAAAGGGAUGUUUGGUGGGAGAGGAGGAGGCCGAGGAGGGGGAGGAAGAUGUAGAGGACGAGUCUAACGGACAGGGGGUGUCAGAGAUGACCAUGGAGGAUAUGGCAGAUGACGAAGAGUUUGACUCCGACACAAUCUAUGGCUCCAGCUUUAUGGUUCCGGUGGCAGGGUUCCUCUGCAGACUCUGCAGCCAGUUCUACCAGUUUGAGUCGAUGGCGCGGCAUUCACACUGCAAGUCCCUACUGCACUUUCAGAACCUCAAGAAAUACAGAGACUUGCGUAAGCAGGAGGACCAGGCCGAGCCCGGCCCAUCAGAGAUGGACAGCAGCCCGGAGGAGACCCGUCUCGAACCCGCCGGAGACCCGGGCACCAACACCGUCCACACUCCACCUACGGAACCGGAACCGGAACCAGAACCCGACCCCGAGCUGGACCAGGCACCCGUAGUGUUAGACCUCACCAAGGCCAGCUCCUCGCCCCUGGCCACGCCAGACCCAUGUCUCAGCACCAGCACCAGCGCCAGCGCCACACGGGCAUCCAGACGCUCUGCUGCCCAGCAACAGAAGCAGGAGGAGCAGGAGGAGAUGGAGGAGCAGCAGAAGCAGGAGGAGAUGGAGGAGAUGGAGGAGCUAGGGAAGCAGCAGGAAGAGCUGGAGGAGCUGGCGAAACAGCAGGACACUCAGGUCACUCCCACAGCCACUGCCACCAGCGGCAGCAGCAGCAGCGCCUCAGUAACCUCCAGCCAGCCCGCAGAGGAGCCGGAACAGGGGGACGCUCCAGAGGUGCAGAACCAAGGGGACGCUCCAGAGGUGCAGAACCAAGGGGACGCUCCAGAGGUGCAGAACCAAGGGGACGCUCCAGAGGUGCAGAACCAAGGGGACGCUGUAGAGGUGCAGAACCAAGGGGACGCCCCAGAGGUGCAGAACACUCCGGAAGCAGAGGAGGCGAAAGAGAAAGAGGAGGAGGAAGGGGCCGAGGAGGAAGAGGCCGUGGUUGUGACCCCGACAAGCAGCAAGAAAAAAACAGGGGCAGGGAAGAGGAAGUCAGGAAGGGCGGCUCGGAGACGCUGAGAGGAGGGAGAGACCGAUCGAGGGAGCGAGGUAGAGACAAAAGAGAGAUGGAGAGACAGAAAGAGGGAGGGAUGGAAAGACAAAGAUGAAAAGGUGAGGAGAAAGAGGAAGGGAUGGAGACAGAGGGAGGGAGGGUUGGGGAGGAAUAGAGAGAGAGAGAGAGAGAGAGAGAAAGGAGUAGGGAAAAAGAGGGAUUGCCUAAUAAUGGUAGGCCUCUACCAGUUCCUGUGGGAACCCUUUCAGCAGGUUUAACCCUUUCAUGCAUACUUGUUUGUUGUAAAGAAAACAAACACUUUUUAAAUAGGGAAGAAUUGUGUGAUGUCAAUCAGGCUAUCGAUAGUUCUAGACAUCCACAUACGUACCUCCUUUUAGUAUUUUUUUUAAUCUGUUUUUAUUAUGUGCACACUUUGACUGCACUUCAGUGCACAAACUCUCAGUAUGGUGCACUCCAUGUAGCUGAAUACAGCCUGGAAUGACCAUAAUUAAUCACGUUUAUUACUGUAUGAAAUAACGAUGAAGAUAAGUCAAGCUUUCUUGAAGGGAAACAGACAAUUACGCUUAAGAUAAAAAUGAAACAAUGUCAGUAUUGCAUGAUGUAUUAAUUUGUUGGCAGUUUCUGUGCAUUGUAGUCUCUAUCAGUUUCUAUUAUAUGUCCCUAAAUGUUUUUAAAACAUUUUUAUUUCACCUGAUAAAGUGGUUAGGUGCGGUGCUGAGACAUUUGAUGGCCUAAACUAUCUGAUUCAGGUCAUUUGCUUGUCACAGGGUGUCGCCGUGCAAAUGGGGAAGAUUGAAUUAGUGCAAUUACUACUACAGAGAUGAUUGACAGGUCUCAGAUGACCUACAUGCAUGAAAGGGUUAAAAUAGACGCCGUGGUGCCGUCAUUGUGACACAACUUUUUGUUUAUUGUUUAUUUUUCCCCAAGUACCUUUUAGCAGCUCAGAGUUGAAUAGCAGAGCAGAACUUUCUCCCAGCAAGUAGAAGCAGCUUUUCCUUAAAAAAAAAAAAAAAAAAAAAAAAAAAAUACAAAAAAAUGUAAAAAAGUAUGAGAAAAAAGUAAAGAGGAAUUCAAAUGAAAUUCUAGUGGUACUCUUGUCUUGAAAACGUGUUGCUGGUCCAAGAUUUUCACAUGACUGUAUGGGGUCGAGUGGUCGGGGUGGCUCCAGCUCUACAAUGGAAAAGUGGUACAGUAACCUGGGACAAAGCCUGGAAAGGUGGCGCAGAAGAGUGUACCUGGAGGCCCCACUGUAGCUGGGAGGCGGACACUUCUCUCAGGGUGGACUGGCUGACUGGGUGCUGCUGGGCAAAGGAACUUUACUCAAUACUGCUGCUUGCUUACUAGCUCCACCUACUGGACUGGAGAAGACACCUCCGGGACAGGCAGGACUUCUCUAGUGCGAUAUCUACUGUCUGUUGAAGACACGGUUUGUGUGUGUGUCUGUCUAUGUGUGUGUGAGGGUGCUUCAACCAUUUAUCCAGGAUGAUCUUGGCACAGGCACAAUUGUAGAAAAUUGGGAGCUUGGGAUUGGACCAGCAUUCAUUUCCAUAGAGGUUGAGGCCAGGUAAUGGAACGCUCCAUUGUAGAAACGGCAGCCUGCUUGCUGUUGGAUGUUGAAUGAGCAGUUCUGCUUAAGCAGCUUUGAUGGGUCAAUGUAGAAGGCUGUGCCUGUUGUUUAUUAUUAUAUAUUUUUUUCAUUUUACCUUUCUUAUUUUUCUAAUCAGUUUCUUUUCCAUUGUUGGGGAGAAUUGUGGCUCAUGCAGAGCUAGUAGUGGUCAUCUCUAAGACGUUAGACAUCUGGCAGUGCUCUUUCAAAUUCAGCUUUGGAGCAGCCUGAGGCCAGUAGGACCUGGGUUUCUACCCAGUUUAUUCUCUUUUUGUCGGCUUAUUUGUUUUUUGACUCAUUUUCCUGCUAUCGGCAUGAAGGCAUUUUCAGUGACCACAGCUGUCAGCCUCUGGUCAGCGAGUGACAUUGUGUCUUGUAUGUGAGCUCGUUCGGUUUUCUGCUGCCAGGACGUCUAUAGCGUCUUGUCUCAUGGAAUCUCCGGUCUUUGAUUGGUGUCCCAGCGUCCUGUAUUGUCUACCAGAACCCCAUGGGCCCAGUGUUUGUGUGUGGCUGUGUGUGUGUGAAGGAGGGGGGAGGGCCUUAUUUAUUUGUUGUUGCACUGCUCCUUGAUGUCACUGAAAACCAGAAUAAUGAAUUAUUUCUCCUUUUUUUUAACUUAGAAGAAAGGUGAAUCAUUAGUCUAGGUCUAAUCCUUUUGUUACAGAGCUUUUCCGCUCGGCAUGUGUUAUGUAAAAAAUCUAGCUUGUCCCAUCGUGUUGUGCACCACCUGAGAAUCGCGGGCGGGACACUAUUCCUGCACAUCAGAACUGACAGAAGGGUCUUCAGUAGUAGCCCACCCCCUUACUCCCACACGCUCACACUCACUCACAUUCGUACUGAGGAUCUGCCAGGCCGGCACCUUUUCCUGACGUAGUACCCAAGUAGCAUCCUUCGUUAACUGAAGGCAACUGAUUUAGCCAAGCAAGUGCUUUUAAUGACACUGAUUUCAGAAUGUUGACCAAUGG